UCUACAUAUAUUCAAGUUGAAAAAUUCCGUUUCUAUAUCUACAGCUCAAAUUAACUAGUCCAAAUCAUAUAAAAUCCACGCCAUAAUGUCGAAAGCCAUCUUCCUCAACCCAGUCGAUGGUAAACCCGGAAAGCCGGGUCAAGUCUACUACCCCCUCGCUGUGAAGACCCUUCCCCAGCCUGUACCUCAAGGCCGCGAGGUUUUGGUAAAGCUCACAGCUACAUCGCUCAACCACCGCGAUGUGUUCCUCCGUCAACACCUCUAUCCGGGCGUCACCUUUGAUGUUCCCAUGGGUGCCGACGGUACAGGAACCGUGAUAGCCGCCGGUGAAGGAGUGCGCGAUCCGCAACGCUGGAUCGGGAAGCGGGUGGUCAUCAACCCCGGAGUAGGGUGGAAGGAGUCUCUGGAUGGACCGGAAGAUCCGAAAGGGUACAGGAUCAUGGGCGGGACGAAAUCGUACAACAAAGGGACGAUGCAGGAGUAUCUCGCUAUCGAUGAAGGGGAGCUGGAAGAGGUGCCGGAGCAUCUGUCGGAUGCAGAGGCGGCGUCGUUUCCACUUACUGGCUUGACAGCGUGGAGAGCGCUGGUGGUCAAGGCUGGAGAGAGAAAUUCGAGCAAAGGAGCUGCAGUCCUGGUGACUGGCAUUGGAGGCGGCGUGGCAUUGAUGGCGCUCAAGCUUGCGGUGGCUAGGGGUGUGGAUGUCUAUGUGACGAGCUCUAGUGAGGAGAAGAUUCGGAAAGCAAUUGAGCUGGGCGCUAAGGGAGGUGUGAAUUACAAGCAGGAUAAGUGGGAGCAGAAAUUAUUGGAGUUGUUGCCGACAGGGAAAGUGGCUUUCGAUGCGAUUAUUGACGGAGCAGGAGGGGAUUCGGUGGAUAAGGCUGUCAAGUUGCUUAAGCCUGGUGGUGCUCUCUGUGUGUAUGGUAUGACGGUCGCACCGCAGAUGCCGUUCUCCAUGAAGGCUGUUCUGAAGAAUAUUGAUGUCCGGGGCUGUACGAUGGGCUCGCGCAAGGAGUUCAAGGAGAUGGUCGAGUUUAUCAAGACGCACAAGAUCCAUCCAGUCAUCUCACGCGUUUUGCAGACUGAUCUGGAAGAUAUCCCUGCGAUCGAUGGAAUCUUCGAGGAUAUGAGGGAAGGGAAGCAAUUCGGGAAGCUGGUGAUUGAGUUCGGGAAGACCUCUGGAAGCAAACUGUGAUGUAGAUAUCAUUGCCAGAUGUUAGCUUUCCUUCUGUGACAGUGUUCAUUAUGAGGAACGUAAUGGACACGAUGAAGCGGUACUUGCCAGAGCAGCCUGAAUGUGUAGUCGCACCUUCCCUGUGCCAGGUAAUCCGUUUGCCUCCAUGUCGCAACCCCUCAAAGUUGACUCCAAAGCCUCUGGGCUUCAUCACCACCACUCCCUAGCUUUCAGGCCACCAGCUCGUUUAUCGU